CGCAUCGUUUCUGUUUGCAGACCGAAAAAGGAACUUUCCUGGCGUGUUUUCACCCCCUGGUCGGUGACUACACCGACGUGGUUGAACCUCCUCAGAGCUGCCUGCUGUGAGGCACCGGGCGCCUGUCUGUGGGCGAAGCUUAGCGGGGUGACGGGCAAUGGAUUCUCCCUACGCCAACGGAGCCUACAGCCCCCCGUACCCCCCGGCUCCCGCUGCCCCGCAUUACGCCGGCCUGCCACAGGCACGGGGGUACUACUGCUCGGGGCCCCCGCAGCCCCCCUACCUGGUGGAGUCUGCGGGCAUGUACCGGCCCCCGUCGCCAGCUCCCCCCUGGAGCUACGCCACGCCGGACUGCCCCGCCGAAGGGUCCUCUCUCAGGAGGCCGCAGGUUCCUGGCUACUCCCCACCGCAGACCCCGGGAAUGCCCAUCCCGCAGUACCCAUACGGAGACGGCAGCCCGGGGGUCACGGCGCAGGGGCCUCCGCCGCAGCCCCGAGCCCCGGAGGACACGUGGGCUCCUCACGCCGUCUACGGGGCGCAGCCGCAUUACGCCUGGGCCGCCGCCGCUUCGCACGGGAACCCCUUCGCCUCCGAAUCGCAUCUGCCGUGGCCUGGCAGCGGAGCCCCCCCCCUCCCAUCUGCGUGGGACUCGAAGGAUGCUGCUUAUGACAAAGCCGAGCAAAGUGUGAACCAGCACAACUACUACAACGUCGAUCACCAGCACCCCGGGACAAUGAAUGCCCACAGGCCGCCCCCCCUGCCCCCCAAGGUGCAGUACAGCGCACAGCCCCAGAUGUACGACGCUGCACCGCGGAAGCUGUCGGCUAGGAACCGGGAGGCUGGUUCUAAACCUGGUGAGCAGCCUUCAACAAAUUCUGCAGCCAUCCAGCCAGAGAUUCAGAGAAUCCUCCACAUUAUGGGGGAGGCUGAAGAGCUGGAGCAAGAGGUAGAUGAAUUUGUAGGAAAAAAGACAGAUAAAUCCUACCGGCUUCUGGAGGAGAUGUUGACCAAGCUGCUGUUGGAACUGGAUUCCAUUGAGACCGGUGGCCAGGACAGUGUUCGGCAGGCCAGGAAAGAGUCCGUCCACAGAAUUCAGGCCAUACUGGAAACACUGGAAAGAAAGGGAUUGUGAAAGCACAUCAGCCACAACACAGAGCCUGUUGUUGAGGUUCCAAAGAGUUUUAGUUCUGUUAAAUCUCAGCUCUUUCUGCUACGCACUCUUGACAAUGGAAUAGCAAUAAGCCCCGAGUUAAAAAAACAAAAUGAAAAACCAAAACCACCAAAAAUAACCCACCCAGAAGCCCAGCCCCGAUAAAUAACUUGGCAAUGGACAAACAAUGAGAGGCCUGGAGCAGCAAACUGGAUUGUUUGUUUGUUCCAGGUUUCGGAGAAGUGGAAGCACCUGAGGUGCUGACAGUGCAGAAGUCUCCGCGGGGGUCUGCGUCCUCCUCAUCAGCAGGAGGAAGAUGACGGCACAGAGCUGCCCAAACCAGGCCCCUCGGUCGGUGCCUCCUGCAGCCACAGCAGUUCCUCAAACCGCCGCAGCACCUGUCAGAUGUGGUCACCGUGGCACCACUGCGUGCAGCCACGAGCCAAGGCUCUGGGCUGGUUGGUCCCUGCGUGUAUUUUCAGCUUCAGCUUCCUCGCCAUAAAACCUCGUGUGUCGUCGUGGGGUUCUGUUUGGUCUUGGUGUGCUCAGGCAGCGACGCUCAGGCGCUGCAGGAAGGGCCCAGGCUGGCAGCCCUCCGGCACGGGCACACGCCACAUUGCGCUGCUCCUCCUCUCGCCAGGCCGUGGUGUGUGUCCCCCCCUGACACGGGGACGUGGGCUGGGACCUCAGUUCUGGGCUGAAACGAGGAGGUAGAACCAGAGGAACAGUGUCAGAGCAGAGCAAUGCGAGACGGCGGUGUGCUUGGAGAUGCUUUCCGGGUCACUUGGGUGCAAAUCCACUUUCUAUUUGUAACGUCCUUCACACGCUGCAGGUUCCAUAUCCCACUCGAGAGCUGGGAGCAGCUCGGCCCACUGUUAACCUGGUCACAACGUGUUGAGUCAUUACUCUGUGUGACGAGAUAAUAAACCCUGACA